AAAUAAAAUGGCAUCCAUCGAAGAACUGUUCUCAGAAAUAGAGGCAAAUAACAUGACCAACGAGAUUUACAAUAAGGAGUUGGAAGACUUGAGAAUUCAGAAUGAAAUUUUAAAGUCUGAGAAGAAAGAGAUUUUUGUCAAAAUAAUAGAUCUUGAAUUUAAGAUUAAAAAGUUUGGAGCCAAACCCAAGUCACACAAAUAUCAAGAGUUUAAAGCAAUACAGAAGCCUCAAGAAGAAGAUAAUGAAAAAUCUAUGAAUGUCACUAUUGAGUAUGAUAUCCCUGAAGAGUAUAAAAAUGAGGAAAACAUAGCAAUCGAUAUCAUCGGGAAUUUCACAGAAUGGAUUCCUCAUGCAAUGGAAGAAGAUGAUCAAACUCCAUACCGAUAUAAAUAUACAGCAUCUCUAAGGAGAGGAUAUAAGCAUAGAUACCAAUUCUUAGUCAACGGCAACGAGCAUAUUGAUGAAAAUAAGAAAUCGUCAGUCAAAUUUGAUGGGAGUAAAACAAAUUACAUAAUGGUACCACUGAUUGCAUUAGAAGAUCAGAAUGAGGGAAAGAUAGAAGCGUUUAUGUGUCAAGAUAUAGACUCCCCUCAAUUACUCGACUAUCCCUCUUUUGUUCCAGAAGAAAUAGCUAAGAGAUUUAGUUCAGAAAGCAUAAACGAAGAAGACAAAACAGAGAACACUAAUUUAAAAGAAUUUGUGCACUCUAAAAUUAGUCAAUGCGCUGAUAUUACCCAAAAGAAGCAAUUCCUAGAAACUAAAAUUUUGGAGAGUGGAGAAGAAAAAGAUAGAGUGAUAUUUAGAUCCCAGUAUAAAGAGCUUGAUAGCGAUUUUUGAAAAAUAGGACUAUCUUUAAAAAAAGCAUUGAAAGGAAGAAUAAUCCAUACCACUCUGGAUGGGCCUACUAUUUUUGAAAUUGACGAAUAUAACAGCUCAGAUAACACUAUCCGAGCAAAAAGAAUUUAUGAUCAAAACAGACUCUUAUUGGAUAAUUCUAAUUAUGGAAGCUACGUUACUUUUAGACAAGAAGAUCUGAUGUCUCACGUCAAUUUUCUUACUUUACAGCAAGAAGCAAGCGUAAGAAUGGAAAUGCAUAAAGAUUACCACAAGUUCAAGAUAUUUUACCAAGUAGAUACAAGUAUGGGAGAGAAUGAGUGUUUACCUAUGUCAGUCGAUCCUUCUUUCAUUUCAUUAAACGACUACCGGAUCAACUUUGAUAAACAACAGUGCUGUAUUACCUCUAUAAGCAAUAACAAUUAUGGAAAUGUUCAGUUUAUAGAGAAUAAAAUUGACCCUAAUGCUGGGUUCAUCUCUAAUUCAGUAUUUGAAGUUUGGACGAAUGAAGUCAAUGACAAAGUCUUCAAUAUUAUUCAUUGCCAUAUAAAUGAUAUGAGUGAUUCAGUUCCAAUUGCCACAGAAUAUAUUGAUGAAGGAGAAUCGAUAUCUGACCACAUGGAAUUCGGCACAGAUUCUACAGGGCAAGUACUGAGAUAUAAAAUCUUGAUACAAAACCAUAAGAUUCUUACUGUACUUUAUAACUUUGGAGAAAAUAUUGAUGAGAUUCCUUUUAAUGAAACUAAGCUCUCUCAUGAUGGAUCAUUAUAUCAGCUUAAGAAUAAAGAAUUCGAAGAUCAAACAAUGAUAGUUAAAUUGAAUAAGAUUCCAAUUUCAAUGACAUGAGCUUCUGACAAGAAAGAUCUUGAGCAUAUGAAUAUUCAAUCUGUUGAUAAUGAACCAAUAUCUCACUGAAAGAUGAGAUACUUUGAAAGAUUACCUGGAUAUGUAGACCUAGAAAUGAUAUCUGCAGAUAAUUGCAUGUCAUUAUAUCAAGGAGAGUACAAGUUCUCUGCUCCAGCUUGCAUGAUUGAAAAAGCAGACGAUAUGCAGAGGACAAUGAUUCUCUCAAUGCAACAAUAUCAAAAAGAAGAAUCUGUGAAUGGAAUACAAAAGUAUUUAGAAACUCUUGAGAAACUAGUUGAAGAAAACAAGUUUGCAAAGUACGAGUCAUUAGAGGAAAUGAAGAAUGCUUUCCAAAGUUUAAAGACUUCAGAAGAAAAAAUUGGAGAGAUCUUAGGAGAAGGCAAUAUUGAUGGUGAAGACCUUAUUUCAAAAGCUAAGCAAGUAACCAUGAUGUCUAGCAAAAUAUUAAGAGGAAUGGCAGCAGAGAUGAGAAUGAUGGCAAUGAGAAAUAAAACAUAAUUAAAAUUCAAUAA